AUGUUCGACUCGAUAGAAGACACAGUGGCCGACAUCAAGGCGGGCAAAUUCGUCGUAGUCCUCGAUGAUGAGGAUCGGGAAAACGAAGGCGAUUUGAUCAUCGCUGCUUCGCUCUGCACGACCAAGCAGAUGGCCUGGUUCAUCCAGCACUCGUCCGGGUUCAUCUGCAUCUCGCUCACACCGGAACGCAUCGCGCAGCUGGAAAUCCCGAUGAUGGUGCCCAACAACACUGAGAAGAAUAAGACUGCCUACACGGUUACGGUGGACUACAAGCACGGCAUCACUACGGGCAUCUCUGCGUCCGACCGUGCGCUCACGUCCCGUCAACUGGCCGAUGAGAAGCUCGCUGCGACAGCGGGUGAUUUCACACGGCCUGGCCACAUGAACCCGUUGCGCUACACCGAGGGCGGCGUGCGAGUCAGGAGGGGCCAUACAGAGGCGAGUGUCGACCUGUGCAAGCUGGCCGGGUUGCCACCCGCGGGGCUGCUGUGUGAGCUCGUGGAUCCGGAUGACGAGGAAGGUGGCAUCGCGAGCAGGGACGCCUGCUUGAAGUUUGCUAAGCAAUGGGGGUUGAAGGUCACGACCAUCGAAUUGCUGAAGAAGUACAGGGAGGAGAAGGAGGGGGAACUGGAGGAAGAGACGAGACAGAAGUUGGUAGAUGACAAGACGAGAGGAGUGAGCAUCAGCGAGCAGAAAGUGGUGCCUCCUGCUGCGACUACGGUGUGA